UUCGCCUCCUCCUCCUCUGUCAGCCCGGGUUUGGUGGUUGUGGUGGUGUUUCGUAAUCUACCGUCUCUCUUUCUCUCCUUCCUUUUCCUUUUCCCCGCUCAUAAUGGCAGCCGUCAGGACUCUCAGGAAACUGUGCCAACACUCCCAGCAUCAAGUCUGUAAGCUGCACACGUCCGCCUCGAGACAGGAGGCGGUGGUCAUCUCAGGAAAGAAGCUAGCACGGCAGAUUCGGGAGGAGGCCCGGGCUGACGUGGAGAAAUGGGUUAUCGCCGGCCACAGGAGACCCCAUCUCAGUGUGGUUCUGGUGGGAGACAACCCAGCCAGUCACUCCUACGUCCUGAAUAAGACACGAGCGGCAGCUGAUGUUGGAAUCUCUAGUGAGACAAUUCUCAAGCAUUCAGACAUCAGUGAGGAGGAGUUAUUGGACUUGAUCUAUAAACUCAACACAGACCAUCGUGUAGACGGCCUGCUGGUCCAGCUGCCUUUGCCAGACCACAUUGAUGAGCGUGCAAUCUGUAACGCAGUUGCCCCUACCAAGGACGUGGACGGCUUCCACGUAGUUAAUGUGGGCCGUAUGUGCCUGGAUCAGUCCACCAUGCUUCCUGCCACUCCCUGGGGAGUGAUGGAAAUCAUUAAACGCACAGGUAUUCCUACUCUUGGGAAGAAUGUUGUGGUUGCAGGACGCUCCAAGAAUGUGGGCAUGCCCAUCGCCAUGUUACUGCACACAGACGGCCGCCAUGAAAGGCCUGGAGGUGAUGCCACAGUGACCAUUUCUCACCGUUACACUCCUAAGGAGAAACUUCGCCAGCACACUAAAAUCGCUGAUAUCAUUGUGGCUGCUGCAGGAAUUCCAAACCUAAUCACUGCUGACAUGAUCAAAGAGGGAGCAGCCGUGAUCGACGUCGGGAUAAACCGAGUGCAGGACCCGGUCACUGGGAAGCACAGGCUGGUUGGAGAUGUGGAUUUUGAAGGCGUGAGACAGAAGGCGGGCUUCAUCACCCCUGUACCUGGAGGUGUGGGACCCAUGACUGUGGCCAUGCUUAUGAAAAACACCAUCAAAGCCGCUAAGAACGUUCUGCUGUAUCCCCCAGAGAGGAUCCGCAUGGCGGCUGCGUCCUAAUGGGGCGAAGAAAAUCCCAGCAACGGUGACACAUUCCGGCUCCCGCACACCGCCACCCCACCCGCCCUCAACACCGCCACCCCUCUCAUUUUUUACUUGGAGCAACCUGAAGAGCUCCCCUUGCACACGGACUGGAAAGAUGAUAGCUUUAAUGCUCUCUUCCUGGUGACAUCUUUAACCUUCCCUAACUUCAAGUCCAGCCAUGUUCUCGACUGUUACAUUCACUCAUGCAGCUGUGUGUUUUUAUGUAACAGAUAUUUGCAGUAUUUAUCAGUUUUAAGGAAUCUUGAAAGAUUGUUUUUAUUUAUUGCUACAGUGACAUAAUAUUUAAACCUGAAUGGAGGCAGGUCACAGUAUUAAACUAAGCUGGAAAGCAGUUGAUGCAGAAGAAUUGAAGCCUGUCGGUUGCAUUUCUCUGCGUUAGUUUAGCCUUAUGUACCAAGAGUGAUAAGGGCUAACAUCAUCAGGAACAAGUAUGUUUUAUCAAUAUACAAGCUUUAAAGAUUCACAAUUGCCUUUGUAAAAACUUUGAAAUAAAUAUUACAAAUAUG